UGCUCUAUUUUCUUUUAGUAUAAUUUGUUUUGGGUCGACAUGGAUUUUAAAUAAUAUUUUUUAAUUUAUUAUUUUAUUGAAUUAUAGGAAUCGUGUGAUGAAUUUUUAAAAAGGUAUUUCAAUUAAGUGUCUUUUAAUAAUGCAUAUUAAAAUCAUUCUGACAGUUUUUGUGACUCAAUGUCUCACAAUAAUUAUAAACGGAGCUUCAAUCCAUAGUAUUCCAAAAUCAGCUGUAAAGGAGACGCAUAAUGUAAAGGAAAAAGAAGGAGCCGUUGCAGGUCGUCUUGUUUCCAUUCCGGCCAAAGCGUAUCGACAAGGUUUCAAAGACACCAUUUCCUUAGGCCAAUGCUCUUUAGUUAAAGAUGAAAAUGGAGACAUCAUAACAUGCUCAGCUGAGUUUACCGGUACUAAAAUAUUUCUACCCAAAGCUUCCAUGACGGUAGACGUGAGCAGAGUAGAGAGUUCAGAAGAUAUUCUACUCCAUGUCAUGGGUGGAUUUGGAACGAGCGUUGGUGUUUUAGGACUCGUUAGCGUUAGUCCAAAAAUUAAUGUAGCAGUCACCACUGAGACAACAAAAAAGACUCUAAACUUGAUCAGCAGUUAUGAGUUGAGCAAAGGCAUAUUAACUCUGCACAAUCCGAGUCCCAAAAGCACCGUCGCAGAUUCAGCCCUAUUUCUAAGCGAGAUUGAACUCGGUGGAAAUGAAUUGUUCUUAGUAUCUCUAGAAUUUGAAAACGAGAAGAAAAAGAUUGAUGUACAAAUUACAAUCACAUUUAAAAUUUUGUUUAUAUCUAUAUCGGCGAAACUCAAGUUCGUGAAGACGAAGUUGAAGACUAAAGCUAAAGUGCGAAUUCAGUUUAAAUCUUCAUGGAGGAAAGAGCUUGACGAAUCAUAUAGUGAUAUAGAUUCAGCAUUACCAAGAGUGGAAGAAAUCGAAACCAUGUAUAUGAAGGGUCCGCAAGAACUGAGAGACAUGGAUAUUGACGACGAGAAGGCCCAUAGCUUCUAUUAUUUUUCCUCGUGGAAACAAUCUCCAUAUGGAAAAAAAUACAACCAUGCACUUAUAAAUCAUGAUUUAGAAUUUCUGACAGAUCAAAACACAGAAAUGAUGUCCGUCCUCCAUAGAAUUGAUAGUCUGAAAAGAUCUUAUUGGAGUGAAGACCAGCGUAACCUAAUGAAUAAACUAAACGGAACACUCACUGAAAAGACUCAGAGACUUACUGCAGGCUUAGAAAAGUAUCACUCUUUGUCGCCAAAUGAAAGACAAAACCUUCGAGAUCUUUAUGGGCAGAAUAAAGCACCUCUCUCCUACUCUAGGGAAUUGAAUGCCAUUAUUGGAGAAUAAAGACGAAUGACAAAAGGAACGCAACAAUAUUUAUAAUUAGAUAUUUUGCAUUAAUUGAAACAACGCGAAAUCUGAAAUAGAACCCAAUAAUAUAUGUAAAAAUGUUUAAAUAGUAAACACUUUAAUGAGAA